CACAUUCAGACAUAUGAUUAUAUUUUUUCUCUGCUUCACUUUUUUAUUAACUUAUUCAUAUUCUGAAAGAAUAAGCGACACUGAUGAAACUGAUUUUGCAGAAUUUGAUGAAAUAGAAGAAGAAAUAGAAAUUAAGACUCAAUAUAAAAAUAAUAUAAAUGAGGAUGAAUGCAAGGGUCAUAAUUGUCCUGGAAAUGAAAAGAAGGACUUGCAUGUUGACGAGGUAGAUGUUGAUGAUGAAGAAAUGGACAAUAAUGAGGAUUUGAAAUCACAAACAAAACCACCACCUCAAUUGAAAAUUAAUCAAGUCCCAAUACAUUUUAGAUCUAAUUGGGAUAGUUAUUAUGUUGAAAUGAUUUUAAUGACAGGCUUGAUUAUAUACUUAGUCAAUUUCAUUACAGGACGUGCUAAAAAUUCAAAAUUAGCAAAUGAAUGGUUUGAUGUGCAUAAAGAUAUAUUUGAAACAAAUUUUUUAUUAAUAGGUGAUGACAGUAAUAUCAAAACUUCUAACCUAGAUGCCAUUGGGAAUAAUUCUAUAAAAAAUGAUUCUAAAGAAGAUGAAGACAUGUCAAAUAUGGCUAUAAAUUCUAACAAUGGCAAUUGCGAUAACCAAAACAACCAUAAUGGCUCGGAAGAAGAUAAUGAAACACUCCUGACCAAGGACUCAGAAAAUAUUUACUUAUUAUGGUGCAGCGGGAGAACGGGCUGCGAGGGUAUGCUUAGCGAAUUGAAACUCGUCAAAAGGCAGGACAUAUUCAGUCUCGUUACCAGCUACUUUAAGCACGAGACAGAUAAAAUUAUCAUAACCGUUUACAUGAAUAACGAAGAUAUGGACACUUACAUAUUAGCUAUUGGACAAAAGAAAUCGAUUAACUUUCUUGCUAAGGAAAUGAAAGAUUUGAGUCUUUAUUGUCCCGAGAAAAAAGGGGGCGAAAAAUUGGGGUUACCACCUGGUUUUCAAUAUGUCAGCGAAAUCGGGGAAGCCAUUUUAUCUCUGUUGGACAACAAAAUUAUGGCGACAUUUAACAAAUUUGCGACAUAUAUAGAUUACAUUCAUUUUUCUGAUCAAUAUGCCGGAAAAAAACUGCCAGACGAGGCAAAUCAAGCUGUAAAACCUCAGGAUACCAAAAAGUGCUUGCGAUUUUGUUUCUCGAUUCCCUCAAAUAAAUGGAAUUCGAAAGAAGAAUUAUCUACCUUAAAGCCACUCCUUCUUUUCGUGUUUUAUUGCGUAGAUAAAGUUCAACGUUUUCGAUUAAGUAAAGAGGCUAAAAUCAAGAGCGGAAAGAAUAGGUUUAAAGUCGAGGACACGUUUUUCAAACAACAACAUACUCAGAGGCAAGAGGCGGCGCAGGUAAGGAGAGAAGAAAAAAGGAAGGCCGAAAAAGAACGUUUGUUAAACGAGGAAGAUCCAUUGAAGCAGAAAAAAUUGGAGGAAAAAGAGUACAAGAGAGAACUGAAGAGAAGAAACCCCAAAUUCAAGCAGCUCAAGAUUCGUGCCCUUUAAAUGGAAUUGUUGUUUUUUU